UUCACGAAACGACGCCUGAACGAUUUUCAAAAAAGACGCCUAAAGAGUGGCCAAUUUUCACCCAUAAAAACUCCAUUUUAAUCGCCAUUUUCUUCAACAAGAAGGAUUCUUUUCUCACUUGGAUAUUAUUUUCAGGGUUCUUAUAGCUACUGAAGAAUUUGAGUAAGAACAUAUAUUUGUGUAGGAAAGCUCUUUUCAAAAGAAAAAAGUAUUUCUUUUAGCAGUCAGAGAUUCUAGAGAGUAAUGAAAUAAAGAUGAUGGUUCACGAUCAAGAUCCUGAUGUUGUUCGGUGGGGUCUCCAUACCCUAAUAGACGUUUGUGCACCUCCACGUUCUGGUUCAUGUAACAGUGUCACUUAUUAUGGUACUCCUGAAAGUCAAGUUGGAUAUGUUGUAGAAGGUUAUAACGAAGUAGUAUAUAUGAAUUAUGUUGAGAAUGAUGCGGUUAUUGCACGAGCUCUUCAGGAUGAACUUUCACGUAUUGAUGCUGCAGAAGCAUCGGGUUUUCAGAAUCCUGGACAAGAAUUAAUUAUUGCACAGAACUGGGGUAGUACUUCUGGAAGAUGUGAUAGUUCAGAGCACAUGGGUGAUGAUCUCAACAAAAACAAAAACGAGUCGGAUUCUUCUAGCAAGUGUGGAAGUGAAGAGAAUGAUGAAGUGCCAGUUUCUUCUUCAUCCCCUAAUGUAGGAGAAGAAGAACAUUUUCAUAGCAACGGAGAAGAAUCAUUUAGAAUGCAAGACCUGUCGCAUCUUUUGGAAAUAGAAGACGAGUCAACUCUUGAUGGUGAAGUGGGCAAAAGGCUCAAUCAUAUGGCUUCUAUUCCUCAUGUCCCAAAAAUUAAUGGAGAAUUACCAUCCGAAGAUGAAGAGGUAUCAGAUCAUCAAAGGCUGCUAGACAGGUUGAAGCUGUAUGAUUUAAUUGAGAAUACAGUUCAAGGGGAUGGCAACUGUCAGUUUCGUGCCUUAUCAGACCAACUUUAUCGUUCUGCUGAGCAUCAUAAAGCUGUGAGAGAACGAGUUGCUUUCGAGCUAAAAACACACCCACGGAAGUAUGAGGGAUACGUUCCUAUGGCUUAUGGUGAUUACAUGAAGAAAAUGAGCAAGACGGGGGAAUGGGGUGAUCAUGUCACAUUGCAAGCUGCUGCAGAUUCGUAUGGUGUGAAGAUAUUUGUGCUAACUUCAUUUCGGGACACGUGUUACGUUGAGAUCCUUCCGGAAAUUUUGAAGUCCGAGCGAGUUAUCUGCUUGAGCUUUUGGGCCGAGGUACACUACAACUCAAUUUAUCCAGAAGGAGAGCUACCCCUUCCGGAUACUAGAAAAAAGAAGAAAUGGUGGAUGCUUGGAAGCUAAGAAAUACGAAUGGUGAACGGGUUAUCUGAUGCUUCUGCUUCAUGUAUUCCCCAGAUGUAAUUAUACCUUAUAAGACUGUAGAUUUGCUUACUGAAUGAGGAGAGUAUAGGAUAUUAGAUCUGUUGUAUAUACCAAGUUUCUUUUAUUCUCUAAUUAUUUUAUUCAUUCUUUUCUGCCUUUUA